CCACUUUCCAGCCAAAAGAGGGAAAAAGAGGUGAAAGAGCGCGCGCAGACAGCAGAGAGAUUGAGAGAGACCGACCGAGAGAGACUGACUGACUGCCCCGAGUCGACUAGCAGGAGACAUGGCCAGCGGACGGCUUCUUGCCGCUGUGAGCUCUGGUGACGUCUCGGUCAUCAAUGACCUACUUUCCACAAAGCCACGCCUUGCUAAGAAGGCAUACUCUGGCAAGUACCUCGCCCACCUUGCUGUCGAGUCUGGACAUGAUGAUGUGCUAGAGGCUGUGCUGGAAGGAGGAGCAGCUGCUGACGCGACCAACACAGCAGGGGCCACACCGCUUCAUGUGGCGGCUGGCUUGCCCUCAGUUGACUUUGUGGUACUUCUUCUUGCUGCUGCGCCUGAUACAGUCCAUGCUGUGGAUGACAAUGGAUGGAGUCCGUUGUUCAUGGCGGCGGCGGCUGGCGAUGUCGCGGUUGCUGACGCUCUGCUCGCGGCAGGUGCCAAGGUCAACUCCGCCGAUGAGCUCGGAUGGAGCCCGCUGAUCAAGGCGGCUGCGAGUGGGCAGGCGGGGAUGGUGAGGCGGCUGAUCGAGGCGGGUGCGCGAGUUAAUGCGGUAACUCAGUUUGGAGAGAGCGCGCUGCACCGGGCGGCGGCUAAAGGUUUCGUUGACGUGGUAGUGGCGCUCAUUGGCUCCGCCGCCGACCUCAACCUGCGUACUGUGUCGGAGCGCAAGUCGCCGGCGUUUCUGGCGCUUGAGGCCGGCCACGUGGACGCACUGCGCGUUCUUCGCGAUGCUGGCGCCGACCUACAGCUCUGCAACGUUGAGGGUACUUCUCCGCUCGACCGUGCCACCGAGCUGCGCGACGCCGGCGACACCAACAUGGACGCAGCCAUCGAGAUCCUGGUCUCGGCCUCGGGCGACGUCGACAACCGCUCUGCGAGCGAGAUCUCGCUUGUGGAGCAGACUCGCAUGCUCGCCGGCGGCAACCGCAUCCCUUCGUCUCGUCCGCCGCCGCCGGCUGCGGCGCCGCCUGCCGCCAAGUCUUCUCCAGCAGGUGUGGCGGCCAGUCCGGCGGUGGCGGCGCCUGCGCCUGUGGCAGAGGCACCUGCCGAGCCUGACAAGCCGAUUUCUUUGUCUGUCAUGACCGACUUUACCGCUAAGCACGACGCACUGCUUGCCGCGCUCGCCGCGCCGGCCGGCGAGCGGGCCCAGACUGUGCGCGAGUCGCUGGUCGCGCUCGGUUCGGUGACCAAGAAGGAGGUCAUGCCGCUGCUUGAAGAGCUCAAAGACGUGUCCAAGGCGGUGCAAAAGUCGCUCGGCGCCCUGCUCCGACUCGGCCGCUCGUUCCUCAACGACGUCGAGAGCGACGAGGCUGCUCACGCCGUGCGCAGCCAGCUGGCCGAGCUCGCUGACGCCGUCCGCCCGCAUGGCCCGCCGGCACGGCCGCCGCCACCCGCCACCGCGCCGCCGCCACCCGCCACCGCGCCGCCGCCACCUAGCACCGCGCCGCCGCCGGCAGCCCCUGACGCGGCCUCGCCCGCCGACGAUGCUGCUGCGCAGAAGGCUGCUCGCAAGGCUGCGCGCGCCGCCGCCCGCGAAAAGGCUCUUGCCGACGCGCAGGCCAUCGCCGACAAGGCUGUGGCCGAGAAAGACGCCGCGCCCGCGGGCGCACCAGAACCCGCGGCUGCACCUGCGCCGGCGUCCUCAGCCUCGGCGGUGGACGACCUCGUUGCCGAGCUCACCCGUGUGCCGAAUCCUGAGCCUGCUCCCAAAACCAAGACUGACUCUGCAUCACGGAAGGAUUCAAGCGUCCACGACGAGUGGGGCGACCUUCUCACGUCCAUGGAGGCGUCCAAGCCUGCACCGGCCAAGCCGGCUCCGAAAAAGUCGUCGGCCUUUGACAUCGACGUCGAGACGCUGCUCGUCGAGGUCUCGGGCCAGCCAUCAGCCUCGCACAACAUCGACGCCCUUCUUGCCUCUACGGAAUCGGACAGUGAUGAUGCAAGCGCCCCGCACCCAGUCAAGCCCAAGUCGGCCGUGCCGCCCCGCGUCGUCCCGCCUAUGGAGCGCAAGUCGUCGUCGGUCUCCAUCCCUGACUUUGCCAACUCAUCGUCCGACUCGGGGUCCGGCUCGGGGUCCGACUCGGGGUCGGGCUCGGGGUCCGACUCGGGGUCGGGCUCAAACUCGAGUUCGGACUCGGGCUCGGUCAGGGAUCCUGUGCCUGCACCGGUGGCGGCAUCGACGCCAGACUCGGACUCGGAUUCAGGAGCUGAUCCCGCCUCGCUGUCAGCGUCCCAGACCAGCAACGCCACAAGCACGACUGCCGCGACUGCCGCCACCGCCACCGCCACCGCUGCUGCCGCCGCCGCUGCCGUUGCCGUCGCAAGUGCAGCCAACUCUGACUCGGGCGACUCGGUCGACCAGGCCGACCAGGGCGACUCGGCGUCGGCGUCGGCAGCGGCAUUGUCGCACACCCCACGGACAGCACAGACCCAUCCGGAGCCCGAGUACGCACCAGGGAGCCCGACGCCGGCGGCGACGCGGGCGAUCUAUAUCUCACUCUCGGGCUACUUCAAGAAGUACAACAACCGCUGGCUCCGGCUCGCGCACUCGACGCUCACGUACCGCAAGGCAUCGGAUACUGCCGAGGCCGAGGAGAGCAUCAAGGUGGCAUCGAUCGAAAAGAUCGAGUCGCUCGACGGGGUACCUGACAAGAAGGCCAAGAAAAAGUGGGCCGACAAGAUGUGGGAGGUGGCGACGUCGUCGGUCCACUUGCGGUUUGUGGCCGACUCGACCGAGUCGCGCGACCGGUGGGUGGCGCUCUUGCGCGAGGCGCUCGAGCAUGCGCUUGGGCGUGAAGUCCUGCGGGUCCCGGUUGGCCCGCGCCUCGGGCACGACCACAUCACCGGCUCGGCACCCGAUCAGCUCAUUGCACCGGCGCGCGGGUGGACGGUCGAGGAGCCCGAGUCUUCGGUCGCCGUGGACUUUGAUGUCCCGCCCACGCUACAGAACCCCAAGCUUGUGGAGCAGUGGUAUCGCACGUACUUUGUGGGCCUUGAGCAUGCCAACUUUAUCGGCCAGUCGGACGAUGCCGAGCUCGGGACCGUAGUCAUCUCGCUGGUGCAAGAGUCGUACCGCCGAUCGCUCCCGCUCCUGCGGGCGAUUGUGUGGACGAGGACCGGAAUCCAGCGGAUGGUUGUCCCGCUCCGCAAAAAGCUCAAGAACUUGAAGCGCGGACUGACGAGGCUCAUCGAGGCGCGCGCGCCCGAGCUGACCAAGCUCCGCAAGCGCAUGUUUCUCUCGUCGAACCCGCAGCUCCAAACCGAGCUGCUUAAGAUCGAGGAGACCGAGGUCGAGCGCGAGUACAAGAUCGGACUGCUGUAUGUCAAGCAUGGGCAGACGUCCGAGCUUGACAUGUUUGCCAACGACGCGUCGCCAGAGACCGAUGCCCCGUUCCUGCACUUUCUCUCGCUCCUCGGCACCAACGUCCGGCUGCAGGGCUGGAAUGGGUUUCGCGGUGGGCUCGACGCGCAGGCGGACGGGACCGGGAAGUACUCGGUCUUUGCCGACAUCCACGGCUGCGAUAUCAUGUUCCAUGUCUCUACACUCCUUCCGCACGGCGCGACCGAGCAGGAGGUGCAGCGGAAGCGGCAGAUCGGCAAUGACAUUGUUUGCCUUGUCUUUGUGGACGGGAACACACCGUUCAAUCCCAACUGCAUCGAGUCGCAAUUCCUCCACGUCUUUAUUGUGGUCCAGCCGGCCCAGACCCGCGGCGUCUACCGAGUCUCGGUUGUCCACCAGUCGUGCAUGUCGUCGUUCGGCCCGCCGCUCCCGUCGUCAGUCUGGUACGCCGACGCGCACUUUAUCAACGUUCUCCUUACAAAGGCACUCAACGCGCAGCGGUCGGCCAUUGCGUCGUCGCCGACCUUUGUGCACAAGUCGAAGCGGACGCUCGGCGGUCUGCUCGACUCGAUCUUCUCGGUCGUGGUCGAUACCAAGAAGGAGUUUGCAUCGCUCACCCAGCCGCGUACCGACGACGACAUCGCCACCACCAUUCUGUCGUUUGGCGGCUCCAUGUCCGGCGUCCGCAAGGGCCUCGCUCCCCCGGCGUCCAAAACUGCGCCGGCCAAGGCUGACGCCAGCGAGAGCAAUGGCGAUGGUGCGAGUGAGAGCGGCAAGGGUAAGGGCAAGGGCAAGGGCAAGGACAAGGGCAAGGGCAAGGGCAAGGACAAGGACAAGGGCAGCGCGACGUUGACGCUCCGGCGCAAGCAUGGCAAGCGCAAGGCGUCAGCGGCUGAGAACUUUUCGGGUCCGCGCGCCAUGGUGCCGUCGCGACUGAGCAAGGUCAAGGCAUAUGAUGUCAAGAAGCUGGUCUCCAACUUUAAGCACCUCGCCCUGGCGUGGGUCACUACCGGCCUGCAGCACUUUUUCUCCACUGAGAAGGGCCUCUACGUCCUCUCGCCGACCAAGGAGGUCAAGGAUGCGGUGGUCCUCCUCUCCAAGCGCGCAUUCUGCCGGCUCUCGUUCCUCGCCGAAGAACGGAUCCUGCUCGGGCAGUCUGCGUCCAAUGGCACCAUGUACAUGCUGUUCCUCGACUCGGUCGGCACGCCGGAGAUGGUUAAGAUCCGCGGUACCAAGGGUACCCAAGUGUACGCCACGGCCGAGAAGCCGGCGACGGAGGCCACGUACCUGGUGACUGCAGCGGGCAAGUCUGUGGUUCUAUACACCUUUGACACGAGCGUGUUUGUCAAGACAACCAAGUUUUCGGCGCCCAAGUCUGUCAAGGCGCUGCAUCUCUCUCGCGACGCGCUGCUGAUGGUGGCCGGGGCCAAGGCGCUCCGGUACCCAACGGCGCGGCUGGUGUCGGGCGCGGCCGAGCCGAGCGUCUGGUUCGAGUCGUCGUCGAAGAAGAUCAAGCUGGAGGCCGCGGCGGUUGCGCCGCUCUCGCAGCGCGACGCGCUCAUCACGGCGGACCAUACUGGGUACGUGUACGACUAUGACGGGACGGUGUCGCGCAAGUUUACGCUGUCGUGGAACGUCAUUCCGGGCGCGGUCUUCUACGCACCGCCGUACAUCCUCGGCUUUGGCUACUCGACGGUCGAGGUGCGGUCUGCCGAGAAUGGGGCGCUGUUCCAGAUGCUCUCACUCCCGCCGCCGAUCCGGGUGCUGUCGUGGGACGUGCCGCUGGUGUCGUCGGACCGCGGGACUGUCAUCAACCUGCUCUUGCCGUCGACGCUCGACACGCUAGUGCCCGACGUAUUGGCACGAACGGCGCUUCUGCAGUGCGUGGGCGCUGUGAUUGUGCCUGACGACGACGACGACGACGAGGCGGGUGCUUCGACUGCCAAUGGCGACAGCGGGUUGGCGCGGCAGGGAAGCUCGAUGGUGGUGACCGAGCGGUCGAACGUGGUGGCCAAGGCAUAUCGCGAUGCGCUCAACAAGGCUGUCGAGUAUUUGACCGGCGACGGCGAGGGUGUGGCGGCCAAGGUCAUGGGCGUGGAGGUAGUCUCGGCCGGCAAGAACGGGUACUGCGUGGUGUGUGGCAAGGGCGCAGACUUUAAGAGCAAGGACACGAAGCUGGCAAUCUGCGGCAUUCCGUGCCGCGACGCGCUGAUGGAAAAGGUGACUUCGCUCGGCGGCUCGGUCCGCAAGGCACGCAAGCACUUUGAGCAGGCGACCGGCGCGGCGGCGUCAUCGAACGCAGUCGUUGUCGCCUUUAACCACGCCCGGGCUGAGGUUGUUCGCCGGUUGCAGGCACUCACCGAGACCAAGGACAACAACUUUCUCAAGAUCAACGUGACGGCCGCAUCUGUGGCGCCGGCGGUCAUUGCGUGUAUGCGUGCGUUGGUUGCGGUUGGCGAUGCCAAGGCCGGCCGGGCCGGGCCGGGCAGCGGAUCGGAUGGCGAUGAUGAUGACGACGACGACGUGUUUGAUGUCGCCGACGAGCUUCUGGCGCAGUCGCUCAAGACCAGCCUCCAGCGGUGCGUCAAGUACAUCGACCUCGUGUCUGCCGAGGCGGCGGCGGCGGCUGCCGAUGAGUCUGACUCGGACGACGGGUCUGAGAUUGACGAGGCCGAGGGCGGUGUGCCGGAGCACGCGGCGGCGGCGCUGCAGCACGCGCAAGAGGUGAUCGACGCAGCGUUUUCAUUCGCCGACUCUCCGACUUGCCCGCCGAGCCGCAACGCGGAGCUGGUGCAGCUGGCGCGACUGGCGGAGGAGGCGUGCGAUGCCGAGCCGCGCAACUGGCGGGAGGUGCGGCGGGCGGUGUGCGAAGUAUACGUGGUGGCCAUCCGGGAAGCAGCACGGUCUGACGUCGAGUCGCUCCUCGAGUCUGCGCUGUUUUCGGACCGCGAUGUGGUCGCGGCACGGCUUAACAAGCACAAGGCGUGCAUGGCGUUUACCACCAAGAUGGAGGAUGUGACCAAGGUCGUGCUUGAGAUUGUGACUUAUCAUUGAACAUACACUUACUGACA